AUGACGAACCCUGUUCAAUAUACUCCACCUUCUUCGCCAUCAUCUACAGCUUCAUUUUUUGAUAUGAGCGAUGGAGAUGAGGGCGGGUACAACACGGUCGCCCAUGCUCGGUCUGGCCGUGGUGUGAAGCUUCUCUACUCCAAGAGCAAGGUCUACGUUCAUCCUAGCUCCUCUUCAAAAGAUAAUAUUCCUGGCUUCAUCGCCCUCCUACAACAAAAACCCGUGCCUUCCUCCAACCCAUCCCCAUCACACCAUGUCGACCCAACUUCCUACCUACUAGCCUGGGUGCCCGAAUCAUCACUUGGAGAUGCAUAUGAUACCUAUGUGAAAGUUGAUCUGUCAGAUGGUGACUCCCCUCCGCGCCAGCGAUACCUUGUCCCGGCCCUUCCGACGACAACAACUCACAAGGACCCCAUCGGCCUAUACUCGUUUGCGGUACCCGUCUCAGAGAUCUACUCGCUUUUGGUGCGCCCUCCGAGCCUCGGAUGGUGGUUCGGAAGCGUUGUGAUCAAUACGCGCGCAGGUGACAGCUUUCCAGCGCUGUUUUUCCACGACAGUGAGUGCGAAUCGACAAUACUACAGAAGAAGAGACGGGUGAAGGAAAGUUUCGACCCUUUCGAAAGCGAUGGGAAUCUAUUCUGGGGUGGAGAUGAAGUUCUCCGGUGGUUGCGGAGAUAUGUAGAGGUCCAGCGCUCAACUGUGGAUAAGAAUGUAUACCUGAUCAACCCAUCCGAUGAGGACCAGCUGUCAUUUGGCAAGGGCUGGUCCGGUGGGGAUGCGAUGCUGCCAUCCAAGGCGCAUCCUGAACCCGCAGCAGGCCCGAGUACGGGUCAGAGAGAUGCCGGCAUGGAUCCCCUUAUGAAGACUCUCAAAGAGACUCGGUGGAAGGUGCUUGAGCAGUUGAGCAAAAUCACCACUUUUACGCGACGAACCGCAAAUGAUCUCGCUGAUAACCCACGCAUUCCGACACAAGUACGCCGCCUUAUGAAGAAUCCGGAGAUCCAAACCCUGCAGGAUGAGUUCGACAGUGCUAGGUUAUAUCUUGCUCGCUGGGCAAUGAGCAUCGCCGAUCAAAGUGAGAAAGAAAGGAACCAGCGUAUUUGGACAGCACAGGAUGUUCUGGAGUCGGAGAAUAGCGCUGUGGGUGAAUUUGAGAUUCUCGAGCUCGAGACUGGGAAUCUUGGCCUCCAAGAGCGCCGUCGCAUCGUCACAAUUUCAGAAUGGGAGGGUUUCUUUGACCCCACAACUGGAAGAUUGCAGUUAACUGUGGAAGAGGUCAAAGAACGUAUCUUCCACGGUGGACUUGAUCCAAAUGAUGGCGCACGGAAGGAGGGAUGGCUCUAUCUUCUAGGAGUAUACCCAUGGGAUAGCAGCCGGGAGGAACGCCAGGCAGUCAUGAAUUCCAAGAGAGAUGAGUAUAUUCGGUUGAAGGCUGGGUGGUGGGAAAGAAUGGUUGAGGGAAAUUCGAAUGCCGAGGAAUUUGAGCAUUGGAAAGAACAGCGGAACCGCAUAGAGAAGGAUGUACACCGCACUGAUCGGACUAUUCCUCUAUUUGCCGGGGAGGACAUUCCCCAUCCUGACCCAGAUUCUCCAUUCGCUGAUACAGGCACCAAUGUUCACCUGGAGCAGAUGAAGGACAUGCUUCUAACAUACAAUGAAUACAAUCCGGACCUGGGUUAUGUUCAGGGAAUGAGUGAUCUACUUGCUCCAUUGUACGCAGUGAUGCAAGAUGAUGCAGUCGCUUUCUGGGCAUUUGUGGGCUUCAUGGAUCGCAUGGAACGAAACUUCCUCCGAGACCAGUCAGGGAUGCGUUCUCAGCUACUAGCCCUUGACCAUCUCGUUCAACUCAUGGACCCUCAGCUUUAUCUCCACUUGCAAUCAGCUGACAGCACAAAUUUCUUCUUCUUCUUCCGCAUGCUUCUCGUCUGGUAUAAGCGCGAGUUUGAAUGGAGCGAUACCCUUCGCCUGUGGGAGACACUAUGGACAGACUAUUUCUCCAGCAGCUUCCAUCUCUUCAUUGCUUUAGCCAUUUUAGAGAAACAUCGCGAUGUUAUCAUGGAUCAUUUGAAGCAUUUCGAUGAAGUCUUGAAAUACAUCAACGAGCUUUCAAACACAAUGGAGCUUGUUCCUAUUCUCACCCGUGCUGAAUCGCUUUUCCACCGAUUCGAGCGCUCAGUUCAAGCCAUCGAUAAGAAAGACAACUUCCCGACGGCCCCUACAGCUACGCAGCGUCGGACAUCAGGUGUCACCAGCCCGGGACCUGGAAAGGGAAAAGCUCCUCAAAAUUCCACCGUUGCUUCCACGAGUGGGGCCAAUACCGGUUCAGCACUUCAGAGAAUUAUGGACGCUGACAAGCCAAAGGUGAUCUCACCAGAGCUACGGGAACUGCUCAGCAAAGAUAUCCCCUGGAGACGCCAGCAACAGUCAUAG